AACUUCAAAGAAAAAAAAAGCUUUCAUCAGAGAAGAAGAUAAUUCAUCAGAGGGUUCUGUGCUAGAAACAUCUAGAAAAAGAGGAAAAAUAUUUUCUUUUCACAAACUACUACUACUACACAAGAUAGCCUAGAAAGAAAAAAAAAACAGAGAAAAAAAAAGGAAGAACACAAAGGAAAACAAAAUGCAAGCUGCUUCGCUCUCAAAGAUCUGGCGUUUUGAUAGUAAUGUGGGUCCAGAAGAAGACAUGGAUCCUUCUUCAUUUCAAGGUGUUGUGUGCACUGACUUUCCAAAAAAGAAAGGUUUGAGCGUAAGCGAGAGAAGAGAACUGAUCCACGCAUUGUCCAAGCAGCCAGAAGAAGCUUCAGAGCUUUUAAACUCAUGGAGCCGUAACGAGAUAAUGAAGAUCAUAUGCGCAGAGAUGGGUAAAGAGAGGAACUACACUGGUCUCACCAAACCAAAACUCAUCGAAAACCUACUCAGUCUCGUCUCUCGUCCCCUCGGUGAAACCUCUUGUCCUGACCGUAAAACCACCUCGAGGAGGAAGAAGAAGAAACAGAAGACGACGACUAGUUACGUCAUCUGCUGCGAGAAUUUAGCUUGUAGAGCUGCGCUCGGAAGUGAAGAUACCUUUUGCAGAAGAUGUUCUUGCUGCGUUUGUCAAAAGUUCGAUGAUAAUAAAGAUCCGAGUCUAUGGAUUGCUUGCGAGGGUUGUGGAUUGUCUUGUCAUUUGGAGUGUGCUUUGAAGGAAGAUGGGGUUGGGGUUGGAAGUGGUCUUGAUGGUAGGUUUCAUUGUGUGUUUUGCGGCAAAGAUAAUGACUUGCUUGGAUGCUGGAGGAAACAAGUGAAGGUUGCAAAGGAGACUAGGCGUGUGGAUGUUCUCUGUUAUCGUGUUUCUUUAGGACAGAAGCUGUUGAGAGGUACAAGGAGGUAUUAUAAUCUGUUGGAACUCAUGGAUGAGGCGGUGAAGAAGCUGGAGGGUGAUGUGGGUCCGUUAGUGACUUGGGAGAUGAAGAUGGCUCGAGGUAUCGUCAAUAGACUUGCUUCGGGAGCACAAGUUCAGAAGCUGUGUUCUUUGGCAAUGGAAGCUAUGGACAAAAUGGUCUCACCACCUUCAGAAUCUGUUUCAAGACGAGGUGACAUGUUGAGUGUGAGAGUAGAAGAGAUUCAAGCAAAAUCAGCCGCUGUGAGAUUAGACUCCGAUGAAGCAGGGAACAACAGGCAACGCCUAUUGACAAACUCUAGCACUGGUCUUUGUUGUAAUCCAUAUUUGCCUGAAGAUGAAUCCAACAAUGUCCGUAAAAGCUGCUGCAAAGAAAACGAUGACAAUGACAACAUUGGACACUGUAGUGCAGCAGAGGAAGUAGAAUCUGAGCUUGAAGAAGACGAGAGGCUAGUCGUAAAAAGGUAUGUCAACGAGAUAGAGGGAAGAGACUUGAUUAUAACACCCUGCAAGAGAGACACAUUCAACGGCAAGCAAGGAGGGAACAAAAGAUCCAAAUCAAGAACAUCAACCAAGAAACCCGAGACCAAUGUAGCAGCAGCAAAUGCAGUGGGAGAUAAAGAGUUGAGUCAUAUUGUGAAGACCAUUAGAUGCUUAGAGCAAGAAGGGCAUAUAGACAAGAGUUUCAGGGAAAGGUUCUUGACAUGGUAUAGCUUAAAAGCUACUCAUAGAGAAGUUAGUGUUGUGAAGGUUUUUGUAGAGACAUUCACGGAUGAUCUGUCUUCUUUGGGACAACAGCUUGUGGACACAUUCUCAGAAUCCAUAGUGAGCAAGAGAUCAUCAACAUCUGGUGGUGUACCUGCUGGAAUCUGCUUCAAGCUCUGGCAUUAAAAAUCUUUAGAAAUCCGUCUUUAUAUACCAACUUUGCUUAGUAUUUAUUCUAUCUAAACCAUAACGAUACUUUGGAAUGAAAAUAUGCAAGUUCUCUAA